AUGAGAAAACAGUUUCUAAUUCAGAAAAUUCUAACUGGACUAUUGCUGAUGAUUAUAAUUAUAAUUCUAGGCAUACUAAGGAGAUCCAGUUCAGGAUACAGUUUAAAUGUACUUAAUGGUAUUGAUUUACCUGAGGCUAAUGGGUGGUGUACGUCUCUUCCUGAAUACUUGACACAAACUGGAGUUCCUUUAACUCUCUGCUAUGACGGAGUUAUCCCGACUGAGAUUGUGGAAGUGAAACUAGUUUUGAGUAUUCUAGAAGCUUAUCCUGAAGCUGUAUUUCUAGACGUUGGUUCAAACACAGGUUUCUUCAGUUUGCCUGCUGCUCAAAGGGGUGUUAAAGUAGUGUCUGUAGAUGCAGUUUAUAAGAACAUGGUAUUCCUACACAAAAGUGCUGUUUUGAAUGGGGUAGAGAAUCACAUAACCAUGGUGAACAAUGCAAUAAGUGAUGUGUAUUUAAGCUACCUAGCUGGACUAGAUGAUCGAUACGAUUACGGUGAGGUUAAAAACCAAAUGGCUACGAGGUAUGUAAAAUCAUUUUUACCAACAAAAAUUUAGUUUAUCUGAUGUUCUAAUAAAGUUGUAAACUUUG